AUGAGCAAGGCGACUGCCGUGUAUAAAUGUGGUGGCGGGGACCAAUGGACCGCGUGGAUUCGCGACUUAUCGAUCGCAGUGUCACUAGGUCGCCAGUCUGAGCCACACACACACACAGACUCACUCGGAUUGUGUCAGGGCAGUGGCAGCUACAAAAUGAACGCUUUCCGACUACUAAUGGCAUUGACAACUGUGGCUUUCGUCAUCCUAAUGGUGUCGGGAUACGCCUUCUGUUCAAUACGCAAGGAGCCAUUUUGGAGCGAUCACCGGAAAUCGCUCUUGGCCUUUAAGAGAGGCAGACGCAGUCAAUCCUUUAGUGAAGUGAUCAUCAUUUCACUUCUGUGUUAUGCCAGGUGUACGCGCCAGUUCAUGAUUCUGGUGAUGCGGUGUGGCCUUUAUUUCGUUCCCCUACUUUUGUCCCUACUCUUACUAAAUGCAAUUACUGACGCCGCUCAGAAGAAAUGCCAAGUGUGUAUCGAAGUGAUGAAUAAGUUGCAGGAAGCCGUCGAUGCAAAUAAGGGUUCCGAUGUUGUUAAAACUAUUGAUGACACCUGCUCCACCUUCACCGGAAAACAGAGGAAGAUUUGUUCGAAUGUCGGUGCCCUUCCAAAUUCACCAACGCGAGUCGUAAAUGAGGUUGCUCGUCAAUUAUCAAUUUCAGUUCCUGCUGAAAAAAUAUGCCAGAAUCUGGCUAAAAAUGAUCCACAGAUAUGUGAAAUUAUGCAUCAAUUUGUGCCCAGUCAUGAUGCUGAUUUCAAGAAAAUGAGUGUCAAAGAACUGAAGCAGACACUUGCAUUUAUCGGUGUCGAGUGCACCGGUUGCAUGGAUAAGAGUGAUUUCAUUGAAAUGGCGGAAAAGAACAGGGACAAAAUACCGCGCUCUGAUUUGUAA